GUCUAUCAUAUGGUUCAAUGUGACCUUUCUGAAUAAUAAACUUAUCCCUUUUUUUUUCUUUUUUCUUUUUUCUUUACUUACUUUGCGAUGGGACAAGCAGCUUCAAUUACACUUGGAAACAAAUCUGAUAUUAUUUAUGAUAAAGACGAUUUCUCAAAUCGGUUUUAUAAGGCCACUAUAGCAGUGCCUAUGGUGAUUGUUGCGUUUCCUAUUUUAAAUGCCUACAAGUUUAGCGCAAAUGAAUUUACAGGUGUCAAAGUAGUGGAUAGCACUAUUGGGGGGCUUCUUGGUGUGGUUGGAUGGCCAAUAUCUCCUUUUGUUGCUUUUUGGUCAGCCUAUCAACACAUCUUUACAGAGGGACCCAACACAUCUACGGAAGUGUCUGAAGAAACAAAACAACUCGUUCGAAAGGCUAUUGGGCUUGAUUGUGAUAAUUUUUAUAAUGUUGCUGUUGUAGGAGCAGCAGGCACAGGCAAGAGUUCAGUUGUAAAUGGGAUAUUAGGCUAUCCUGAUACAGAUCGCUAUGCAGCCUCUAUUCAUGAAACAGGCAAAAAUUAUAUAGAUGAGCCUCGAGGUUAUCGGCACCCUGAACUACGAAAAAUGAUAUUAUGGGAUAUGCCCGGUGCAGGUACAACCACACAUCCUACAGCUACUUAUUUUCAAGAUCAUUAUUUACAAGCAUUUGAUUCUCUCAUUAUUGUAACGGCAGAAAGGUAUAAAUGCAGUAAAUCCGAUGUAUCACCCAGUUGUACUGAUUUGGGCAUAGAUUACAAUCCAUUGAUUUGGAUAUUGCGGUAAAAGCACAAGAACAUCACAUUCCGGUUCUAUUUGUGCGCAAUCGAUGUGAUCAGGUAACUCCUUUUUAUUUAGUCUAUACAUGUAACUCAUCAGCGACAAAUAGUCUCUAAAUUCAAAAAUAGAACGAUAUAAAGACCAAGGACUAGAU